AACGAAAAGCCGUAAUACGAAAAAGUAAAAAAAGGAAAAGAAAAAAGCAGUGGUGAACAGAUCAGCCUCUUUUCCCUCUCUUUCCGUCAGCUAGAAAAAUUAGAGAAACUAAAAGAAAGAAAGAAAUGGGAAGCUCGUCGAAGGAGGAGACGGCGACCGACGGCGAUACGUCGAGCGGAGACAACCCUCCUUCCAAUUCCAAUCUCUUCUCUGAGGGUGAACGUGUCCUCGCCUAUCACGGCCCUCGUAUCUACGAAGCCAAGGUUCAAAAAGCGGAGCUUCGGAAGAAAGAAUGGAAAUACUUUGUUCAUUACCUUGGUUGGAAUAAAAAUUGGGACGAAUGGGUAGGUGCCGAUCGGCUGAUGAAGCUUACUGAAGAGAAUGUCAUGAAGCAGCAAGCCCUUGACAAAAAACAGGGUGUUGAUAAAAGUUCAAAGUCUGGACGAUCAAGUCAGUCCAAGCCAAAAAGCUCUGCUGAUGCAAAAGCGGAUAAAGAGGACCUGAAGAACACAGCGCCAAAAGGGAGGAAGAGAAAGAGCGACUCAGGUGUUGAGAAGGACAACUCCUCCAUGGAAAAGCUUGUCAAGAUCCAAAUUCCAUCAACCCUAAAGAAGCAGCUGGUUGAUGAUUGGGAUUUUGUUACUCAACAGGAUAAGCUGGUUAAACUUCCCCGAUCACCAAAUGUUGAUGAUAUCUUGACAAAAUACCUUGAAUACAGAUCAAAGAAGGAUGGCAUAAUGACUGAUUCAGUUGGAGAAAUAUUGAAGGGAAUUCGCUGUUACUUUGACAAAGCUUUGCCUGUGAUGCUUCUAUACAAAAAAGAGCGCCAACAAUACAAUGAAGUUGUCCACGAUGAUGUCUCUCCAUCAACGAUAUAUGGUGCUGAACAUUUACUACGCCUCUUUGUUAAGUUUCCUGAGUUAUUGGCAUAUGUGAACAUUGAAGAGGAAACACUUAUUCGCUUGCAACAGAAGUUAAUGGAUUUUCUCAAGUUUCUGCAAAAGAACCAGAGCACCUUUUUUCUUUCUGCAUAUGAUGGACCUAAGGGAGUUUCAGAAGGUAAGGGGAAAGGAAAAGAUGACUAAAGCAGCUGUUGAACUAUGCUACCAUUGCCAUCUUCACAAUUUUAAUUCCAAGAACAAAUAUGAAAUCAGUGGCAGAAUUAGGUAAUCGUUGAUAUGCCGACGUUUGAUUUGAUACAGGCAGCAUAGAAUUGUUGUUGUAACAAUAGAAUUUGUUAUUCUUUGUUUUACACCAUUUCCCCCUUCCGAGGUUCUAGGUGAACUAAUCGGAUAUAUUUCGUAAAAUUGUUGAGAGAAGUUGCCGUAGCCUCUCUUUUUUCUUCCCUUUUUUUCUGCUCGAACCUUUUUUGUUAAUGAUUGUUGUUAUAGGUUUAACGAAAUUUGAUUUUUGAUA